AUCUCAAGAAAAAGGGUUUAUGGUUUAGGGUUUAUACCCGCCGGUCAGCCGAGUAACAACAGAGUCCAAUUGGAAAUCAGGCUAGUCUUUUUGGCUUUCCGUCGGCCGUUCUUCCGCCGAGAUGGAGGAGGACGAAGGCGAUAACAAACCAAAAACUCUAGAAUUCGUGAAUGCGGCAUCUCACCAGGCCAAGCUUAAAGAGCUUUUGCGGAACUUAACUUCUACGCAAUCAAAACUCUGUUCAGACGCCUCAAAGGAAUUCAUAAAGAUCCUCAAAUCCGAUUCUGGACCACAAUUUCUCACCUUUUACAUCCAAUCAUCACCAAAAUGCGUCGAACUCCAACAAGCUUGGGAGCUCCGGCAAGGCAAGCCCGGAUUUUCCGACUGUUUGAAAUUAGUUUCGGCAAUUUUCAGAUAUCCUUUUGGAAAAGAUAGUGAUAAAGAUGUCAGUAAUUAUAGUUUUGUUAGUAGCGCUUUAGAUAAGUUUGCGCGUGUAAUUACUGAGGGAAAAAUGGGGGAUUUGUACGAGGAGUUGAACAGUAAAGAUGCGAAAAGGCAGAAAGCUGUCUUGUUGUUGUUGGCUUCUAUAGUUAGGCGUGGGCCGGGUUUGGCGUGGGAGGUGGCAAAGGGUUUUGAUUUUAAAACUGGGAAUUUCUCCAAGCUUGCUGAGUGGAAGGCGAGGGGGAAUGAGGGGAUGAGGAGGUAUUUGACGAGGAAGGAAUUUGUUGGUUUUGCUAUGUCAUUUUUGGAAGUGGGGAAUCCGCGGCUGUUGAGAGGGAUUUUGCAGCAGAAGGAUAUGUAUUCAGGGGUGCUUCGUGGGUUGGGAACUGAUGAUGAGGAGAUUGUGGUUUAUGUUCUUCUGACGUUGCGGAAUAGAGUACUUGUCCCGGAGUCGUUGGUGCCUCCGGGCCUAAGAAGCGUGUUGUUUGGGAGUGCUACUCUGGAGCAAUUGAUAAGCAUUUCAGGGAGGCAGGAUGGUGGGCUUGCUGCUGAGGUGGCGCAUAGUGUGCUAGUAAUGGUGUGUACGGAUCCUUCUAACGGGUUGAUGCCAGAUUUAGAGAGGCAGCCUAAUCCUUUGAAGGGAAAUGUGAAGCGAUUAGUGGAUCUUAUGAAGAAGCUCAAACCCACAGAGGUUGAGUACCACAAAGACCUGCUUUUGGCCAUUGUAAAAGGGAGGCCGGCCUUUGGGUCAGCAUACUUGGAGAACUUCCCUCAUAAUCUUGAAGACCUGGCAUCACCUAACUGGUUUUCUGCUAUUUCUCUGGCUGCAGAUGUCAUGUCCUCAGUUGGUGAUGGAUUUACAUGUGCCUAUGUUAACUCUCAGUCUCAGGAGCCCCCAUCCAUUGACAAUCUGAUAGUCCAAGACAUUAUAAAGUGCAUAGGGCCACGCCCAUUCACCCGAUUGGUAAUGAAUAAAGGGUUGCUUCACUCUGAUCCUCUUGUGAAACAUGUAACUCUGAGGCUUGUAUCGGAGAAACUAAAGCUUCUCGACUUUUUAAUUGGCUCUUUAAAUGAUCUGUCCAGUUCCAGUGAUCAAGUGAUGCAUAAGUGGGCAUCUUUCAAGCGAGAUGUUCAGAAUGUAGUCCAGAUUUUACUUCCUGAUCCCCAGGUGCUAUUAUCACUACUUUCUUCACUCAGUGGCUACUGCAAGAGUCCUGCAUCAAGAAUGAAGAGGGCUGCAGAUGUAGAUGUUACAGUCGAGCAUAAUUUGCACAAGAGGAAGAAGUUGAAGAUGAAUAGCGUGGAUGAGGACAUGGAUAUUCUCGUCAGUGGGGUUAGUUCAACCACUGAAGGGGCUUUGACUGAGAAUGAUGGAGUUUCAGAAGAGGAUGUUGAGGAUCAGCUGAAUGGUGGAGUUGACCUCCUGAAGCCUGUUCUAGAAAUUUGGGGUUUGCAGGGAUGCUCCAGUGUAGAUAUCAGAACUGAAGAUGGGGACACAUACUUUUACUCUAAGUUGCUUGAUGUUUUCAGAAUUUAUCAUCGGACUCUGCCUACUGCUGUGGAAGGAUCAUUUGACUUCUUUAAAGUUCUCCCAAGCAAUCCUUUAGCACUACCUACAAUUUUGCAGCAGUCUAUGCUGUCACUGCUUGUAGAACAAGUUGUUGGGUCCAACAAGUCUCAGAUUUCCAUGAGAACCCAACCAUUGAUGUACAAGUAUCUUCAUUCAUUUAUCAAUUUGUUUAUGUAUUCACCAAUAAGAGACAUAAAAGAUCAGGCUUACUCUUUAGCACAAGCAGCCAUGUUGAGUACAGGUGCAUUUGACAGAAAUCCAAGGGAAAUUUCUGCUUGGUUUCUAUUUAUACCUGGCUAUACCAGUGUGGUUAUUGAUGGUCCAAAGCAUGGGAUUGAAGUAUUCCAAAAGUUGUCUUCAGUUGUCAUCUCUUUUCUUUGCGAUGCAGUUUCUACUACUGGGAACAACUUGUUCAAAUAUUUGGAUCUCUUAAGGUGCUAUAUCCGUGAUUUAGACGUUUCUACAGAUACAUUUCCCAAUUUUAGCCCUUUCAUAGUUUGUGUACUGGAGAAGUGCUUGAGGUUACUUAGCUCUGAAACUGGUUCUUUUACAUUGCCCGAGAAGUCAAUGAUAUCAUUGUAUGUUUCUACCACAUUAAAGUAUCUCCUGGAAACUCAGGUUGAAGGUGGACUUUUGUGUUCCCUGACGCAGCUUUUGAUAUCAGAGAGACUUAAAGGUUGUUGCGAUAUGAUUGGAUUCUGCCCUUGUGAAUGGAUGCCGAUGAAUAGUUUGUUAUAUUUUGCAAGGAAUACCGUGCAGCAACAAAUUUAUAGCAGUUUUAUGUCUGAAGAGAAAGCUACUGGUCUUGGUGGUUCAUUUUCUGAGACACUUUCUGAAGUUAAUAGGAUUUUAAGGACUAAGGAUCAUUGUGGGUUGCUUGGAGUUACUAUGGGGUUUUCUUUUUCAAUGAUAUGCACCACAGCUGAUCAGAUAUUGCAGAAUUUCCCAUCGACCAUCUCUACUUCUACUAAAUUGCUUGGGGUUCCUUUCUCAAUUUUGUUGUUGAGAUUCUUUCUCGAACCAAGUCAUUUUGCUGAAGUUUUCAAGUUAUGGCCUAAAAUAUGCUUUGCUGGAGUUGACAAAGUUAUAAGUGGAGUUCAUGAUGGAGAAGGGCAGACAAUAGCUAAUGAGCUUGAUGAUUCACCAGAUUCUGCUUCUAUUGCAUUCUCUUUUUUAGUAAAGAAUGCUCCUUUUCAUGUGCUCUUUCCAGCUAUUUUUUUCACUGAUGGAUUGCAUUUGCUUGGUCACUCAAAAGUGCAGAAUUUGCUUCUGGAUAAAUUCACUGAGAGUACACCUGACUUCUCUGUCUCUUCUCUCUGCCGUCUUCUCUUUUGCUUGCUUCAAGCGCGAUUGGCCUAUAGAAUCAAACCAUCUGAUGAACUUGAAAAACUUUGUGAAUCAUCUUGUUUUCUUGCAAAGCACAUAGUAAAACAAUCAUUUGUUGAAAAAUUUGGUCCUGAUUGCUCCCCGCGUGUUUUGCCUCCUUUAUCAUCUGGUCAUAUUCGAGAAGUGGCUGAAAUAAUUCUUGGCCACCCUUUACUCACUGCAUUGCUGGAAUGGCCUUUGCAUACCGAUAAUGAUGUUGGUGACAUGAUUUUUAUGAAACCUCCAGAAACCUUUCUUCAGUAUGCUGAACGGGGUGUUCGUAAAAUAGAUCAUCAUAUUUUGCAGUUGUUAAGAAGAACCACAUCUGAGCUUUUGGUUCAUGUAUUUAGUAAAUGUAGAUCACCAUCUGUGGUUGAUCAUUCUACUGAACGGAUUGCAAAGGCUUUCAAGGCUCUGGUGCAGAAGCUAUUUUUGACAUUUAAGGCGAGGUUCACAGAUUCCAGAAAGACAGAUGAUUUGAUGCCUCUAAUUCCUACAUUGUAUGCUUUGCAUAGUCUGAGUGAAUUCAUAUGUCCCUUUGAGUUGCUCAAUUUGGUGCACUGGUUGUUCUCCAGAAUUGAUCUAAAUGAUACUGCAGUUUCCAUUUCUUGUCAAAGAUGUGGUUUGUCUGUUGGAUUACAAAUUGCUUCAUGGGCUUUUGAUUCUCUUUCUUUAUAUAUGUUAGAGCCACAUGCAAAGAGGACAUUAUUCAAUUUCUUUAUGGGUACUGGAAACAGAAGUUUUGAAAUUACCCUUUUUGAGAGAAUUUUUAACAGCAUAUUUGAGAUUGCCACUCACACUCAACUAGAAGUUGCUGAUAUAUGUUUAUUCAAAGCUGUUAAGAUCAUCAAAAUGCAUAAAUGUAUGGAGAAGACCAGCUUACCUUUUGUUAUGGCUACUUCAAGACUUCUACCCAGUGUUCCUGUGAACUUUAUUUCUUAUUGCUUGGACAAGACAACCAAGACUAAGUGUGACUUCUUGUUUCUUCUGUCUGAGAUGAGCUCCCUGCAUCUUUGUGUAUUUGGACAUUUGGUUUCUGGUAAAAUUAGUAAUAAUCAAGCUCUUAAGGUCAACAAGGAAGAAAACUGCAAUCGGCCUCAGUACUCUGAAGAGUUCUUGAUGCUUCUGCCAACUGUUCUGUUAUACUUGAGGUCAAAUUUUCUGAAAUUUGGGGGCCAAUUUGGCAAGCAUGUUGAAAACACUUCUUCUUUCUUUUGGAAGAUCCUUUUGCGUGGUUUCUCUAACUGGAAGAGUUUUGUUUCGGAAGAGAUAUUUGAGAUAAAACUUGUUGAGUGCUCAUCUUUAUGCAUGGAAGAUUUUUCUAACCUUUUCUCUUCCAGUCUUCUUGGAAAAGCAGUACUGCUGAUGCGUCAUUACCUUGCUGUGAGUGGACACUUGGUGAAAAUGAAAAGGCUAUUGAGUACAUUUGAUUCUGUUUGCCCACAUGCGAGUGCACAGAAUGAUCUUCUGGACUGCGAUGCUAGAGAAAUUGGUGUUUGUUCUCUUGAGUUGUCUUUGAACUUUGUGAACAAAAUUAUUGCAAAGAUAUGCCUCUGUUGGAUGUUGUUAUUUCCAGAGCAUAAUAAUCUUCAAUCUGUAGUGAAAGAUGGAAAGAAAAAAGGAAUUGAAUCAGAAGUUAGCAUUUUGAGAAUCCGAUUUUUAAGUAUGCUGGUCCAUUCAUGGCAACGUCUUGUGGAGAAUUUUCAUACAUGCAGGCAAGGAGAGAACAUAAGGUCGUCAUUGUUUAGAUUCUUGGAGAUCUUCAUUGCUAAGAAUAUAGUAGCAUUGGUAAGAGAAAUGCAUGAUUGCCUGGUUGAAUUGCAUUCGCUUCCUUUCUUAGACCAACUUGCCAAAUAUUCUCUUCUUCAUAGGUUUGAUGACCCUACCACAAUUAGGAUGCUUAGAAUUGUUCUUAUUUCACUAUCUGAGGGAAAGUUCUUGUGCAUUUCAAUUCUCCAGCUGUUACUUGCUCACUCUCAAUUUGCUCCAACCAUUCUAUUUGCCCAUUCAUCAACUGUUUGUACUCAAUUUGGUAUGAGUUUUGCUCCGGCACCCAGCAUUAUGAGGUUAUUUACUGUUCUUCAUACUGAAGAAAACACGGUUGAUGGAAAAAAGGAUGCUCAUGAAACUGGGCCUCACAUGAAGAAGUUGGAACUGAUUAAGUUGCUCAGAGUACUAAUACAUAUCUUGGGUCAGCAACAUUAUCUUGAUUCUGAAACAUCCAAUGGCUUAAAUUUGAAGGAAUUGGUUUUGGUGCUUUUGUCUUCUUAUGGAGCAACCAUGGAUGAGAUUGAUUUGGAAAUGUAUAGCCUCAUGAAUGAAAUUGAGGCUAUUGAUAAAUCAGUCUCUGAAGGUAUUGCUGAAAUGGAUUUUCUAUGGGGCUCUGCUUCUCUGAAGGUGAGACAAGAAAGGGAACAAAAGCAAAGUGUAUCUUCUUUGAGUAACUCAUAUGAUAAUGAAGUAGUUGGAGAGAGACGAAGGAUUCAAUUUAGAGAAAAUCUUCCCAUUGACACCAAAUUAUGUGCAAAGACAGUCCUUUGUUUUCCUCAUGAUAGAUUUGCUGAUGGGAGCUUGAGCAAGCUCCAAACAGAUGAUUCUGAUGAGGGCUACAAUGCAAAUUCUAAGAAGGUGCAACUUUAUGAUCCAGUUUUCAUCUUGCGUUUUUCAAUUCACAGUCUUGCAAUGGAGUAUAUUGAGCCCCUGGAGUUUGCUAGUUUGGGUUUGCUUGCAAUUACAUUUAUCAGUUUGUCUUCUCCUGAUGCUGAUACAAGGAAAUUGGGCUAUGAGGCUGUUGUGAGAUUUAAGAGUGCUGUGGAGAAAUGUCGCAAGAGGAAGGAUGUGAUGCGACUCCGGCUCUUAGUAUCAUACUUGCAAAAUGGUAUACAAGAAGAGUGUCAGAGGAUUCCUUCCAUAACUGCUGUAUUCAUUGCGGAAGCUUCUUUUGUUCUGUUAGAUUCUUCCCAUGAUCAUUAUUCAGCUAUAAGUAAAUGCCUGAUGCAGUCAUCAGGUGCUAAUAUGAAGGGUGUACCAUUAUUCCAAGAAUUCUUCUGGAGUAGCUCUGUUACUUUUAAGUCGGAAAGGUUGUGGAUGCUUCAGCUUUUAAACACAUCUCUGACUAUGGAUGAUGAUGCUCAAAUACUUGUCAGAAAUUCCAUUUAUGAGAUCCUUUUAAAUUUUUAUGCCUCUCCUCUUUCCGAUGACGAGUCAAAGGAACUGAUCGUUGAGAUGGUGAAAAAGUCCGUCAAAAUAAAUAAGCUUGCAUGGCAUUUGGUUGUACGCUGUGGCAUAAUUUCUUGGCUGUCUUCUCAUGUUGCAUCUUUUUACGGGAUUCUACUCAGGGACCAGAGAAGUUUUUCAUUUGCUAAGUUAGCUAUGGUUCUGGAGGUAGCCAAUGAUGUUAUUAUGUCUAGAAAUACUAGUGAGUGGUUGCAAAAAUAUGCCCUAGAGCAGCUUUCUGAACUUGCAGCUCAUCUGUACAGAAUCUUAGUUGGUUGUUCUAAACAUAUACAAGAGAAAACCAGAAUCAUUGAUUUGAUUCUAGAACUAUUGAUGUCAACCCUGAAGAUCUCACAGAAAAGAAAAGUAUAUCAGCCGCAUUUUACAAUAUCUUUUGAAGGUUUAUACCAUUUGUACGAAGCUGUUGAUGUCUGUUGCAGUGGGACCUUCAGUUCUACUGCUGAGAUUGGACUGAAAGCUGUCCUUAUGAGUACUCCUCCAGUUUCUAUACUUCACAUGGAUAAAAAUAAGCUUUUGAAGUUUGUUAGCUGGGCAAUAUCAACUGCUGUGCAGUCAAACUUGAUGGAGGUGCCUGAAUCUGAAGCAAUGUAUAGCAAUGCCUUGAGAUUUUCAGAACAAUCUGAAGAGGAUCUUGUAUCAAAGCUUUUAAGAUGGCUGACUGCCUCAGUGAUUCUUGGAAGGCUUUCAUGGAAAUUGAGUGAUUUGAAUUCCACUAGUUCUUCUGAAAUAUUAAAGCUUGAUAAUCUGCAUUGUAUCAUGGACUAUUGUGUGAAGGAAUGUGGAGAAAACCAGGAGAAUUUUGGCAGCAAAGAGAUACUAGCUGUAUCAAUUUUUACCUACAGCAGCUUGCAGGCAUAAAGUGGAAUUUUCUUCCAUCAGUUGUUGCUGCACUUUCUCUCCUGUUAUUUUCUGGUCCCUCCUCAUCAGAUUCAGACUCUCGACAUAGCGAUGGUAGUCCUUGGGUAUCACUCUGCCAGAAGAUACACAGCCCAGCUGAAGCUAAUCCUUCGUGGAGAUGGUCAUACUACCAGCCUUGGAGAGAUCUUUCCUUGAAGCGUGCUGCAGUAGAGAAAUUGGAAGAAAUUCAUGCGUGCCAAAAGCUCCUGGUGUUGAUUUUGAAGAAACUUGGAAAUAAUUCUCUAUGUUCGCAAUUUCUUUCACUGCAAGAUGUGGAAAAUUUUGAUGUAUUCAAAUGGGAAAGAAGUAUCAUUGAGCCUCACUGACGUCUCUGCUCAUAAUUUACAGGUCCAUUGUUAUUCGGUUCAAAUGUUUUGCAUGCGCAUGCAUUUAGUUGGAGUAGAGAGUGUAGCACAACAGCAGGUGGUCCUGUUGUUAAUCCGUGCUUCUCUGUAACGUUAGUUAGAUUAGCUUGUGUAGGGGAGUAACAGGCACUCAUUAUUAUUCCCUGUUUUUAUAGUUGGCUAAUUUAUUAACAAGGCUUAAACAUGCAUACGCAGGCCUUGCUUGGUUUUUGAGAAAAAAAGAUGAUUAAGGUUUUUCUCUUUUUGAGGGAAAAAGAAACUUUUUACCCGUUCAUAUCA